GCAAGUGUACUUCCGGUGGCUAACAUGCUAACUUUUCCUUCACGUUACCGUGAGAUGCAGCCGGAGUUCAGCAGCAGAGCCUGCAUGUGAGGAUAAACGUGUUUAAGUGGACUCUGUUUAAACUUUCGGGAUGUUUCACCUCAGACUCAUCUCCUGUUAGCCAAGAAUGCUAAAGGAAGUUAGCUUGUUAGCAGGAAGUAGCCGGAGCCGGAGCUCGGCCUCACAGUCGGAGCAGCUUCCAUAGAGACCAAACUGUAUUUUUCACGGAGCCCAAAUGUCCAAAUGUCCAGAUAGAGCUGUCUGAAUAGACUCUGUGCUGUUCCCUUUAUCUGAACAUGUUUAACAUCUGAAUUAUCUCCCGGUGUCCUACGAAGCUAAUGCAGUUAGCUUAGCUUGCUAGCUGGAAACAGUCUGGAGGAAAAGCUGCUGUGAAUCAGUAAAAAUGUCUAAAGUGGAGAACGAGGAGGAACUUUGUGGACAACGCAAACUACUGGACGCUGUUUUCAAGCCUGAAGCAGACGUCCAGCUGCUAUUGGUGAGUGAAGAAGAGGUUCCCCCUCAACAGCAGGAGUUGAGACCCAGUCUGGACCAGGAGGACCCACCGGAGCCCCCAUACAUCAAAGAGGAGUGGAGCCCCAGUCUAGACCAGGAGGACCCACCGAAGCCCCCAUACAUCAAAGAGGAGUGGAGCCCUGGUCUGGACCAGAGGGGCUCACCUAUUAAAGAGGAACAGGAGGAACUCUGGACCAGUCAGGAGGGAGAGCAGCUUCAAGGGCUGGAGGCAGUUGAUCUUACCAAGUUCACAUUCACUCCUGUCCCUGUAAAGAGUGAAGAAGAUGAUGAAGAGAAACCUCAGUCCUCACAGCUUCAUCAAAGACUAACUGAAGAGAUGGAAUCAGAAGCUGAUGGAGAGGACUGUGGAGGACCAGAACCAGCCAGGAACUCGGAUCCAGAGAGACAUUUACAACCAGAUACUGACAAGACUUCUGAUUCUUCUGAGACUGAUGACAGUUGUGAUUGGGUGGAGUCUGGUUUAAACCCUCUACAAAACAACGAAGUAAGUGAUGUGGAAUGUAACACUGGUAAAACAUCAAGCAGCUCCUCUAAAUGUUCUACAAGCUUUGGCCACAAGGGACGUCUGCAGAAACCAUUUAGUUGCUCUGUUUGUAAUAAAACUUUUCAAUGCAGAAAAAAUGUUGCGAGGCACAUGAAAAUCCACACCGGGGAGAAACCCUUCUAUUGUUCUUUCUGUAAUAAAGGAUUUGGGCAAAAGGAACAUCUGAGACAACACACAGCAAUCCACACAGGGGAGAAACCCUUCAGAUGUUCUGUCUGUGGUAAACAAUUUAUAUGUAAAACACAUCUGCGACGACACUCAGCUGUCCACACAGGGGAGAAACCCUUCAGUUGUUCUGUGUGCGGUAAAGAAUUUGCACGAAGUUCAGAUUUGGUCUUACACGUAAGAGUUCAUACAGGAGAAAAACCUUUCACAUGCUCAGUUUGUAAAGCAGGUUUCAGUCGCAGGGGCAAUUUGUCCAGACACAUAAGAAUGCAUAGUGAGGACAAACCCUUUAGUUGUUCAGUUUGUGGUAAAGGAUUUGUUGAAAGGCGAACUCUGAGAGAACACUUGAGGAUACACACAGGAGAGAAACCCUUCAUUUGUUCUGUUUGUGGUAGAAGAUUUGCACAUAGCUCCACUUUAACCACACACUUAAGGGUUCAUACAGGAGAAAGACCAUACACAUGCUCAGUUUGUAAAGCAAGUUUCAGUCUCAGAUACACUUUGUCCCAACACAUGGGAAUCCACACAGGGGAGAAACGAUUUAAUUGCAGUAUUUGUGAUAAAAGAUUCACUCGGCAUCAUAUUUUCAAAAACCACAAGUGUGCUGGUGAGAGCAGUGGAAGUAAAUGAAACUCUGUGAGCUGAUUCCUUCCAGCAGGAUUGAAGAACUGGUAGAUAAAGUCAAUUGAAGCAAAUUCCUCAGUUUGGAUGAGGUCAUGAAAUUGAUUUACCUGAGGUCUGUUUUAGCAACCCUUUCUCACUCCCCGACUCGUCACAUCUGGACACAUGGUCAAUACCCAUCAGCGUCAGUUUGUAACAUUUCACAACUUUACCGGACGUUGCAUAUUUGUUACUAAGCGUUGCUAACUUGACCGUAGAGCCUUAAACAUCUAAAAAUUAUGCUAAAGGGGUAACCAGGGCGUAAAAAAGCGACGCCAAAGGGGCUUGACCAAGCGUCAAUAUGUGACGAGUCGGGAGUGAGAAUGUGUUGCAAUUUAGAACUGCAUUGUAAGUUAUUACCCUUACAGUACCCACAGCUGCUGUUUCUCCACACUAGUUGAACUACGACUUGAACUAGUUAGUGUUGUGUAUUAAUAUAAAUAAUUAUUAAUAUAUUGUAUAUGUAUUAAUGUAUAAUAAUAAUUUAUUCAUGUAUUCAUGCUAGGUAAAGGCGAGGAGUAUUGCUGGCAAACUCUUCCAACAUUUUUUAAAAAGAAACUUCCAACUUUCCUUUUAAGUAAAAUUAAAGUUGCUCGCCGUUGUCCCUCCCGUAACCACCAGUUUAGAUAAAGAUCAAACCUACAACCUCUUCACCCUGAGCUACUGGUCUAGACAGUUUUUUAAUGCCAUUCAGUCACAGAGGAGGGAACAUCAGUUCAGUUGGUUAUCUUUUACUAAUUAAUUAAUUACUGAAUAUUUCUAUGUUAGUUUGCACCUUUUUUUUCCUGUGUUUUCGUACACAUACAGCAAAAUUAAUACUUUGUAAAAUUCUGUUCAGGAGCAAAUUUUUAACCAUUUUAAUUAGGACUGCAACUAAUGAUUUGUUUUUUGUUUGAAUAAUUGAUUGAUGUCUGAACAUAACAAAAUAAAAUA